AUGUCGCUGCCACGAGAUUUCCAUUGGGGCUAUGCUACCGCAGCAUUUCAGAUUGAAGGCAGCUUAUGCGCAGACGGCAGGGGUCCGACGGUAUGGGAUAAAUUCAGCCAUACGCCGGGAAAGAUUCGCGAUGGAACAAAUGCGGACAUUGCCUGCGAGAGCUACACACGAUGGGAAGACGAUAUCAGGCUGAUGAAGGAGUAUGGCGUCACCUCGUACCGAUUCAGCCUGUCAUGGAGUCGCCUAAUACCUUUGGGUGGAAGAUAUGAUCCAAUAAAUGAGGCCGCCAUACAAUGGUAUUCCACGUUCAUUGAUGCCUUGCUUGAGAAUGGAAUCACUCCGUUCAUAACUCUUUUCCACUGGGACUUGCCGCUUGCCUUGUAUGAGCGCUAUCAAGGUCUUCUAAACACCGAAGAGUUUGUGAAGGACUUCGCUCGAUAUGCAGAGCUCUGCUUUCAAUCAUUUGGAGAUCGAGUCAAGGACUGGAUCACUUUCAACGAGCCUGUCGUGGUAGCACAAUUGGGCCAUGGAACAGGUGCAUUCGCCCCCGGACGCACCUCAGACCGAUCCGUAUCCGAAAUCGGAGACACCGCAACGGAACCAUGGAGAGUCAUCCACACGCAAAUCCUUGCGCACGCCCAUGCUGCCAAGAUCUUCCGCGGCCUUUGUAUGGGCGGUCAGAUUGGUAUAACUUUCAAUGCCGACUGGGCAGAACCGUAUUCGUCGUCGAAUGAGGACCUGGCGGCUGCAGAGAGAAAGCUCGAGUUCUUUAUCGCAGUUGGUACAGAUCCAAUUUUUGGCCAUGGCGAUUAUCCACAGUCAUGCAAAGACCAGCUAGGAGACCGCCUACCGCGCUUUACAGAGCAGGAGAUGGCUCUCGUGAAAGGAAGCUCGGACUUCUUUGGCCUUAACCAUUAUACCACUAACUAUAUUCGGCAAGACCCUAACUCCCCCUCUGGCCUCGAUUACAUGGGGAACGUUACACAGACCUUUGUUGUGCCGUGGGGCCUACGCCGUAUCCUGAAUUGGGUAUGGAAACGCUAUCAGACUCCUAUCUACAUCACCGAGAACGGAGUUCCCUGUUCUACCGAAGCCCAACAAAAACUUCCUCAGGUGCUCAAUGACCAACAUCGGAUUGCGUAUCAUCUUGGGUAUCUGGAUGCCAUGAGGGAGGCGGUAGUUGAAGAUGGUGUUGAUGUUAGAUCCUACUUUGCAUGGUCGUUAACAGACAACUGGGAGUGGGCCGAUGGCUUCAGUACGCGGUUCGGUGUCACAUACAUCGAAAGAGACGAGAAGGGCAAAGUUCUCCGGUAUUGGCCUAAGAAGAGUGCGGGCGCGUUAACCUUGUGGUUCAGCCGUAAUCUAGGCUCGUGA